AUGCAGAUAGUCGCACCGGUGGAGACUCUGCGGAACGAUGAUGCUGAAGCCGAUACGAAUUUGAUCGACGCAUAUUCAGACUCCAGCCCUCUUGCGCGCAAACUCAGACGGAUGCCAGGAACUUACCCAGACUCUCCUGUCCGCUCGUUGCACGAGCAGGUAUUUGAGCGUCCGCUGAUUGACGCAAGUUCAAUUAUUGUACCGGAAAAUAACACGAGCGACCAUUCAAUGAUUCUAGACCGUGAAAAUGUGGUCAGCGCAGAUGGAGCCAUGCAUGUAGCAGCUUCAGAUCCUUCAAUUUUGUCCAUACAGCAUAUGAGUCGAAAAAGAAAGAUGUUAUCUGCGAAUAAGAGGCUGGCCUUGCAAGAAGCAUGGGAAGCCCAAUAUGGUAAAUUCUCACAGAUGCAGCCGCUUCCAGUGAGGAGGCCCUUGCCAAGAAAAUCGUGCUUACGGGGACAUCCGAUACCGCCAAGCAUGCGUACAGGCAUUACUUUCCAUGAAAGCCCAAGUACUGGUGCACCUGUCACGAAGAGAAAGCGCUACGAUGAAGAGCUACCAACAUAUUUGGCGAUGGGACAUACAUCGCCAAAGUCACGCCCUAACUCGACCGCUUCUACUUUAUUCAACAGACCGAUAAAAUAUACCGAAUUCCCAUUCCAGACAGCGAAACUUCGCGGAGGCGGCAUUCCUUCCCAACAGGAUUUCAAACCCGACUUUGAUGGCGAGUCUAGUAUUGUUAGCGCGACUAAGGGCACGCAAAUCCUGCAACAGCCGUCGCCGCCGACCGAAGGGUCUCCCACAGGCGCAGUCGAAGUUUCAGGCACCGGAAACGCAUUCUUAGAGAUGGCAAACCGUCGUAACGAUAACAAGGAGCAACUCGAAAAGCCAUCCCAACCGCUGCGAGGAGCAAAGCUUGCCUCGAAUGAAGCCGGAAACCUAGUCUCCAAUCAAGCGAACCCUGCACCUCAAACUGUGGUAUCUCAGGAAUCUAGUGGCGGACCUUCUCACCAGUCAGCCCCGAUCGCACUACAGUCAGUGCCCGUCUCAGCAGCGAGCACAAAGCAAGACUCCGCCACGGGAAGCGAGGUACCCCAACAGAUAGUGCACAACACACCAGACAAGAAUUCAUCGCAACUAUCUGAGCAUGAUAUAGACCGAGCUCCAAUCAUCGAUACGAACGAGCUAUCCGUUCCAACAAAUCAGCCUUCUUACAGGGCAAUGUUUCAGGAGACUGACGACAAAUCAGUCACACUAAACUGCCGCGAGGAGAUGGCUAAAGGAAAGAAAUCAUCGCAAUGGUCACCCGCGCCUAUGCACGCUACAGAUCGAGCUUCUAUUUUUGACACAAACGGGCCACCCCUUCCGACAAUUCAGCCUUCUCAGGCGGCAGUAUUUCAGGAGACUGACGGCAAAUCGGUCACACUAGACUGCCCUGAGGGGUUGAAAAAUAGAGGAGAUACUACCCAAAAGAUUCCGAAGAAGAGCUGGACAACGAUCGCAGAAGCUUGUGACUCGACCUAUAUCCCGACGGAGGCAGCAACCCAAGCGACAAUGUUUCAGGAGGCUGAUAAGAAGUCAGCCAUACUACACUGCCAUGAGAAGCUGGAUCAGGGCAUCAUGGGCAGCGCCGCAUGCGAAAUCGUCGCACAAGGACCACAGAACCGAAACCUGUUUUCAGCAAGCAGCAGAUACGAAAGCGCACCCCAACCAAAAUUACUUCCACCACAAUCGAACCCCCAAGAAGCGGUUUUUCAGGAGACUGACAAUAUGUCAGUCAGACUAGACUGCUUUGAGGGCGUGGAGAAAGGCAAAGGGAAAUCUAUGCCGGAGUUCGAUGUAGGGCCUCCAGCAAACAGCAAAGCAGAAAGCCCAAGUCAAGAAAGUCUUGCACUUCUAUCACCGAGCCGUGCGACAUAUUUUCAGGAGACGGACGACACGUCAGUCAUACUAGACUAUGCCGAGGAUGUGAAGAAAGGAAAGGGGAAGUCUAUGCCAAUGUGCGACGUAGGAUCUUCAGUAAGCAGCAAAGUAGAAGGCGCACUCGAAGAAAGCACCCUUGCACCUCUAUCGCAAUCCCAAGCGGCAGUGUCUCAGGAGACCGACGAUAUGUCAGUCAAACUAGACUGCCCCGAGGAUGUGAAGAAAAGAGACGCGAUGCUUGCUCAGAAGGCGGUUGUGGGACACUCUCCGAGUGAUCAACUAACAGUCAACUCGUUUCCGGAAGUUUUCGACAGAUAUCCAAAUACGAGGUCAAAGUUCGUCAGUACGUCAGCGCGAAGCGACGCAGGUGUUUUGCAUGAAAGGGAGGAGGGAUUAUGUCUUGACCCCGCCGGAGACGUUUCAGAGGCCGUUUCCACAGCUCCAUCAAUUUCCUCAGCACAUUCGUCAUCGCAAGACUUGACGGCAGGCGUAGAAAAGCUGGGCCUUUCUAUUACAGCUGCUCCUCCUACAACAAGCUCGGACCGCCGGUCAAGUCGCCGCGUUACCGAGAAAGCAGCUAAGAAAGCUGAGGAAGCAGCCCGUAUUGCGAAGGAAGAGAGGGAGGCUCGAGAACGAGUAAGGAGAGACACUAACGAGCAAGCUCUUCGUGACGGGGUGCGUCGAGUACCGAGUCAGAAGGUCAUUCAACCUCUUCCUGAAGGGGCCGGGAAAUUAAUUCAGGAUGCUUUAAGUAAACCAAUGAAACAUUGUGUUGCGGUAAUGAGUACCGAAUGGGGGCCAAGGAUCACGAAGACAGAUAUAUCACGGCGAGACAUUGGGAUGGUACUCCCACAGCCCGGCACUGAGGAUAGCGCAGCCGGAUGGCUUAACGAUACCAUGAUAGACGCAUACAUGCAGCUGAUUGUUGGUUAUGAGAAUAAAAGACAGGGACACAAACGUAACGAGCGACCGAAAGUUUAUGCAUGGAACUCUUAUUUCUACAAAUCGCUGAGAGAUAAUGGUUACGGAUCUGUCGCCAGAUUCGCUCAGAAAAGGAAUUUCGGAGGGCAGGCACUAUUACAGAUGGACUAUAUCUUCAUCCCGGUCAACGCAACCGGAAACCAUUGGACGAUGGCAAUUGUGUCUCCGAGGCGACGGACUAUCGAAUAUUUUGAUAGCUUUCACGGGACUUCAGGUCCACAUAUACGGAUCAUUAAAAGCUGGCUCAAAGGAGAGCUUGGGAAGUCGUAUGAGGAGAGCGAAUGGACCGUCGUUGAGCAACAAGGCUUGAAGGGCCGCGGCGGAGGCCCGGCCCAGAAUAACGGCAGUGAUUGCGGGGUCUUCGCAGUCACGACUGCGAAGAUGGUGACUCUGGGGGUGGAUCCAAUGGCCGUUUCCGCGGAUGAUAUGCCUCUGCAGAGGCGGAGGAUUGUUGCCGAAGUUAUCAACGGGAGUUUUGAUGGCGAUUUUGCCCCGAUUGUGGAAUUUUACUGA